AUCGUAUCCAGGUGAUCAGAAGUAGAGCACGUUUGAGUAAGUCGCGACCGAUUAUAAAUGACACAAAUGAGCAAGUCGCAUCUUCCCAUUUCUUCUCCUCCGUCGCAACCUUUUCAAAAGUUCUCGAAUUUGUUCACGCGAGAAAGACAGGAUAGACCGUCACGCAAGGCAGAAUGAAACUUCAUACGUCCUCGGCCAUGGGCUUACUGCUAGCUGGUGCCGCUAUCGCUGCUCCCACUAAAGGUGGUUGCGAUGGCGGCGACAAAGCUGCGUAUACACACAGUGGAGGUUUCCGCUGUACACAUUAUGACACCACGACUUUGAGAAGCAGGAAUGCGGCUCGCGUCAAACAAAACUACAGUUGGGCUGACGGACGCCUAGAGACUACAAACAUCACGAGCGUGAGUGGCACUUUCACAGUGCCUGCGAUCACCUCAUCCUCAACCACCGACAACCCUCGAAUCGGACGCGGUGCUGCUAUAUGGCUGGGCAUCGGAGGUCAUAUCAAGGAUCUCAACUGCUCUCUGAUACAAGCCGGUGUAGGGUCGGAUAUUCGUGAUGGUCGUACCUCACACAGCGCCGCAGUCGAAUGGUUACCAGGGGUAGCUAUAAGCCAACCUAUGAACCUCUCAGCCGGCGAUAGUGUAAUAAUCAGCGUCACCGUCACCUCAAAGAACAGUGGUACCGUGUUUUUCGAGAACAAAACCAAAGGGACCAACUUCACCCACAACUUUGCCAAUGAAACCACACCAGUCUGUGGACCUGAAGCCUACUGGAUUCUAGAAUCCUAUUUCAAAAGCGAUGGCAUAGAGAAAUGGCAUGUGCCUCUUGUCAACUUCGAUACCAUUUCUUUUACAAACACCUCGGUCACUACCAGUGGUGGAAUUAUCACUGAUAACUCGCGCAUCGAGACGUUUGAGAUCUUCGAUAGCAAGAACAAGCUUCUUGCUGACACUACGAUUAAUGCAUCAUCCAUCACCGUCUCUUACAGAGGGAAGGAACGAGGUCUAAGAGAUGACAAAAUCACAAGGACAGAACAGAACACCAAGACUGUUAGAGACGAAGCUGUGGCUGAUUAAAGAUGGAUCAAGAACCUGACUCUGUACGAUUGCAAAACUUGAUUAGCGACAGGCUUUACGGCUGCACGAGAACAUGGGAGAGUUCACACAAC